GUCGGCUCGGGGAGGGGAAUGCUGGAAGCGGCACUUCCGGCGCGGCUGCUGAGAGGAGAGCGGAUCAGACGGGCGGCUGUGUGCUUUUUGCAGCGGGGAAGCGGCGGAGAGGCGCCAUGCGGUGGGCGGCCGCGCGCAGGCUGGCCCCGCCGCCCCCGCUUCCCACAGCAGAAGCAGCUUUUAUGAUGUUCCAUUGUGGGACUAGAUUAUGAGUGCCAACAAGAAUACCCGCUACAAUCGUUUCUCCAACAGUAACACUCCAACAGUAACACUCCCAGAAAACACAAACGGGACAAGAAUGGAAACUACUUUUGGACCUACGUACUCUACCGUGACCACCAUCACCAAAGCAGAUGGAAGUAGUUCAUACAAGCAACAUCGCCCGACAGCCUCCUCUUCUAGUACACUCCCCUUUACCUCCCGAGACGAGGAUGACAGCAUGCCGCCAAUCACCCGUCGGUCUGACUCUGCCAUCUCCAUUCGCUCCUUGCACUCCGAGUCCAACAUGUCCCUGCGCUCAACAUUCUCUCUCCAUGAGGAAGAGGAGGAGCCAGAGCCUCUGGUGUUUGCUGAGCAGCCCUCUGUGAAACUCUGUUGCCAGUUGUGUUGCAGUGUGUUUAAAGAUCCUGUGAUCACGACCUGUGGGCACACAUUUUGCAGGAGAUGUGCCUUAACCUCUGAGAAGUGCCCAGUGGACAAUGCCAAACUGACAGUGGUGGUGAACAACAUUGCAGUGGCUGAACAAAUCGGAGAGCUCUUCAUUCACUGCAAGUACGGCUGCCGGUCCAGCGCGAGUGGCAAGCCUCCAGCCUUCGAGGUGGACCCCCACGGGUGCCCCUUCACCAUUAAACUGAGUGCCAGGAAGGACCAUGAAGGUAGCUGUGACUACCGGCCAGUGCGCUGCCCCAACAAUCCCAGUUGCCCUCCGUUGCUCAAGAUGAACCUGGAGGCCCAUCUGAAGGAGUGUGAGCACAUCAAGUGCCCUCACUCCAAAUACGGGUGUACAUUCAUAGGAAACCAGGACACAUAUGAGACUCACCUGGAAAUGUGCAAGUUUGAGGGUUUGAAGGAGUUCCUCCAGCAAACGGAUGACCGCUUCCAUGAGAUGCAAGUGGCCAUGGCUCAGAAGGACCAGGAGAUUGCCUUCCUGCGCUCCAUGCUGGGCAAGCUCUCUGAGAAGAUAGACCAGCUGGAGAAGAACUUGGAACUGAAGUUUGAUGUGCUGGAUGAGAACCAGAGCAAGCUGAGCGAAGACCUGAUGGAGUUCCGGCGAGAUGCCUCCAUGCUCAACGAUGAACUGUCUCAUAUCAAUGCCCGGCUAAACAUGGGAAUUUUGGGCUCCUAUGACCCUCAACAGAUUUUCAAGUGCAAGGGCACUUUCGUUGGCCACCAGGGCCCCGUCUGGUGCCUCUGUGUCUAUUCCAUUGGUGACUUGCUCUUCAGUGGCUCUUCUGACAAAACCAUCAAGGUGUGGGAUACCUGUACCACUUACAAGUGCCAAAAGACCCUGGAAGGUCACGAUGGGAUUGUCCUGGCACUCUGCAUCCAGGGGAACAAACUGUAUAGCGGCUCAGCUGAUUGCACCAUUAUUGUUUGGGAUAUUCAGACCCUGCAGAAGGUCAACACCAUCCGCGCACACGACAAUCCCGUGUGCACUCUUGUCUCCUCGCACAACAUGCUUUUCAGUGGCUCUCUGAAGGCUAUUAAGGUCUGGGACAUUGUUGGCACUGAGCUGAAACUGAAGAAGGAGCUGACCGGCCUUAACCACUGGGUCCGGGCACUUGUGGCAUCCCAGAAUCACCUGUACAGUGGCUCCUACCAAACCAUUAAGAUCUGGGACAUCCGGAACCUGGAAUGUGUACACGUCCUGCAGACAUCUGGAGGCAGCGUCUACUCCAUCGCGGUCACCAACCAUCACAUCGUCUGUGGCACUUACGAAAAUCUCAUUCACGUGUGGGAUAUCGAGUCGAAAGAGCAGGUUCGCACGCUCACAGGACACGUGGGCACCGUGUACGCUCUGGCAGUCAUCUCUACGCCGGACCAAACCAAAGUCUUCAGCGCCUCGUAUGAUCGGUCAUUGCGGGUAUGGAGUAUGGACAACAUGAUCUGCACCCAGACACUCCUGCGCCACCAGGGCAGCGUCACAGCCCUGGCCGUCUCAAGGGGCCGCUUGUUCUCCGGGGCGGUUGACAGCACCGUCAAGGUUUGGACCUGCUAGGACCCAUUUCGGACACCAUGCUGCCAAAUACAUGCUGGCUCACUUCCCUACACUCCAAACGCCCUCCAGAUGUGCUGUGUUCCUUCUCGGUGGGCCUUCCCCUCCCCAGCCAGCUGUGCAAGAGCUUUGGGCCACAUACCUCAGCGCACUCUCCCUUCUGCAGCAGCGCCUUCCCAGGGAGGAAGACACACACACACACACACACACACACACACACACACUCCUUACCCAAUGCACCACUCCAGCUGCAGUUCCUGGCCUGGCUCUCCCUGACACCGGCCCAGCUGCAAGCGGUUCUUUACUCCUGCAACGAAGUCUUUACUCCUCCUCGUCAGUAGAUCAUCUCCAAGAGCAGAUUUUCUACAAAGCUGGCUUGGAUCGGUCUGCAUGAGCAGCCACAGUCGCCUCAAUCUCUGUCCUGGUAUAUUUAAAUUAUUUGCUAUGCUCCUUCAUUUGUGGCCACAGCCGGGGAUAAAACCCAUUGUCCUGUCAUGUAAACCCGGUACGAUUUCUGUGUCCCCAGUCCAGCCCUUCUUAUCAGGUAUCCUAAACCUCCCUCCCCCCUCCCUCCCCUUCUUCAGAGCAUCCCAUCAUCAUGGCCUCCCUGGGCAAGGCGGGAGAGCCGACGGUUGUGUUUUUACGGACAUUUUCUACUGUUUUUAAAAUUGUGAUAUAGAUUUGGAUUAUUUCUUCCUUACCAAUAAAAUUGGACCAUUGUUUUAGGCCAGCACGACUCAUUGACAAACCUGAAGCAUUUCAGCCAAUGAACCCUGCCUUCCCCCACCCCCCCAAAAAUUCAAGGCUGACUUCCAUGGAUCUUGAGGGGUACCCAUUCAAAACUCCCUGGCUGAUCUGUGAUGAGCACGUCCUGGGUUGCCAUUAGUCGGUAAAUAGAACAAUCCCAUGACCUGCAAAGCUAUUUGCACCUAGUGCAUGGGGCUUCUUGCAGCACCCAAAAGGCUGAAUGCACUGCUGGGGGCUUACGUGGCAUCACCUGUGGCCAGCUAAACUGCCACCUGUGACCUACCUGUUCAGUUUCUUAGGUCUAAUGGAUCAUGUGUGGCAUUCUUAUUUCCCAGAAUGCUGCUUCUUAAGUUGCCCUUUUAAUCACGAAGCUCAAAUUGUCUUUGCAUCCAACUUCAGAAAUGCUGAGACAAUGUUUAGAGGUAGGAAUCGAGGGGACAACGACAGGGCAACAACUGCCCGCAAGCUGGGCACUGACCACUUUCUUUGGCAGGGAGGAAAGGCCUCCCUUAGCUGCAUUGGGUCGCCACUGCAUUGCCAAAAAACCCCAAAAACUCUGAAUUACGGUAGGGGAUUUGUAGUGACACAAAUAAUUGGAAGCGGUUUGUUUUUGUUUUAUGUUUUUCUCUGUGCAAAUACCCUUGUUCAGUACGAUGUAACAAGUGGGAGAUGUAGAAGAGUCGACUUCACGGAUUUUGUCGCACGUUUUGGUUCCCUGAAGAUGUGCAGCUUCCACCGUGGCUCCAGCUGGGCCCCAGCAGCCCUUUCCCAUCACACAGCGGAAGCUUUUCCUCCCCUCCAGCUGGAGCCAAAACACGAGUUGAGCGGGCCAAGAUAAUCUGGACGUUUUAUUAAGCACCGAUGGUCAUAAAUGCAUCCACACGGCUGCUGGCCUGGACUGAGCUGCAGCCCGAGCCCGUCACUCCCUCUGCACCAAAGCAGCCAGACCCCACGCCCCCCCUCCCCCCCCCAAAGUUAGUGCCUCCGAGGUGGGAUUUUUUUCUUUCUGACCUCAACAAUAAAAGUAUUCUUUAACAGCAAAUGUCAUGUAUCUGUAUUAGAGACGAGCAGGGCCUUCUUCCCUGUUUUUGUCUUUAAAUAUUGAUAGCCAGAUAGCUUCUUUUUAAAAAA